CCCGCGAAAAAACAGGAGCUCAGUAGCUACCUCUGUUCUGUUUUAAAUCAAAAUUUUCUCAGUUUCCUUCAAAUCUUCUCUCUCUCUCUCUCUCUCGUUAACCAAACUUCUGCACCCACCAACAUCCAAGUAAUCUCUCAAGAGCCUUUCUUUUGGUUGUAUGAUGUAUCAAGUCAAGGCUGAAGGCUCCUUGGUUUGCUAGAUCUACCAUCUUCUUUCUCGAAUUCGUGUAAUUUAAAAUUUUCAAUCCGAAUACAUUCCUUUUGUACAUUUGAGAUCUGCUCUACGAGUUGUUCAUUAUUUUUUUCCUGCAAAUUGGAGGUUUUAUUUAUGAAAUUUCCUCCUUUAUGACAUUAUCUCGGCUGGGUCUUUACGAAUAUUACCGGGAGAAAAGGAAAGUUAUGAUUUUGUAGUAAAUUUCUUGGCUUAGUAACUAUGGUGAUCAAAAUGGCGGGAGCUGUUGUUGUUCUUUUACUGGUUUCUGGCCUCAGAGUGGAAGCAGAUGGAUCGAAUCACAAAUACAAGGAGAGAGACCUUGUCCCCCUAUAUGCAAACAAAGUGGGUCCUUUCCACAAUCCAAGCGAGACAUAUCGGUACUAUGACCUUCCAUUCUGUUCACCAGAUCACGUGAAGGAGAAGAGGGAGGCUCUUGGAGAAGUACUAAAUGGUGAUCGCUUGGUUGAUGCACCAUAUGAGUUGAACUUUCGGGUGGACAAGCAAUCCAAAAUCAUCUGCCAGAAAAAAUUAACAAAAGAGGAAGUUGCUCAGCUCAGGACUGCUGUAUUGAAGGACUAUUACUUCCAGAUGUAUUAUGAUGACUUGCCCUUCUGGGGGUUUGUAGGCAAGGUUGAAAAGGAUAAUAAGGAGGAUCCUAACGAGUAUAAAUACCUUCUGUUUAAACACAUCCAUUUUGAUGUUCUUUAUAACAAUGACCGUGUCAUAGAGAUCAAUGCUCAGACUGACCCAAAUCUGUCUGCGGACAUCACAGAGGACAAGGAAGUUGUCGUUGAUUUUACAUAUUCAGUUAAUUGGAAAGAGACUGAUAUUCCUUUUGAGAAGAGGAUGGACAAAUACUCAAAAUCCUCGUCAAUGCCACAGCACUUAGAGAUUCAUUGGUUCUCAAUAAUAAAUUCUUGUGUGACUGUGCUCCUCCUGACUGGGUUCCUUGCUACUAUUCUUAUGCGGGUGCUCAAGAAUGAUUUUAUUAAAUAUUCACAUGAUGAAGAAUCGGUUGAUGACCAAGAAGAGACUGGAUGGAAGUACAUUCAUGGUGAUGUCUUUCGAUUCCCGAAACACAAGUCCCUAUUUUCAGCAGUUCUGGGUUCAGGAACUCAACUUCUAGCUAUUGCACUGUUCAUUUUCCUCCUUGCAAUAGUUGGGGUGUUCUACCCAUACAACAGGGGAGCUCUUUUCACAGCUCUGGUUGUCGUAUAUGCACUUACCUCUGGAAUUGCAGGUUAUACUGCUACAUCCACAUAUUUACAACUAGAAGGAACUAACUGGGUGAGGAACUUAUUGCUGACAAGUUGCUUAUUCUGUGGACCUUUGUUCUUGACAUUUUGCUUCCUCAACACUGUUGCUAUUGUGUAUAGUGCCACUGCAGCUUUACCAUUUGGAACCAUCUUGGUUAUUCUUCUCAUAUGGACAUUAGUAACUACACCUUUGCUUGUAUUGGGUGGCAUUGCUGGAAAAAACAGCAGCACAGAAUUCCAAGCUCCAUGUCAUACUACAAAGUAUCCCAGAGAAAUCCCUCCAUUGCCAUGGUAUAGGGGGACUAUCCCUCAGAUGGUAAUGGCCGGGUUCCUUCCAUUCAGUGCCAUCUACAUUGAGCUGUACUACAUUUUUGCAAGCGUGUGGGGACACAAGAUUUACACAAUAUACAGCAUCCUCUUCAUUGUCUUUAUCAUCCUCAUCAUUGUGACAGCAUUCAUCACUGUAGCAUUGACAUAUUUUCAGCUUGCUGUUGAGGACCAUGAGUGGUGGUGGAGGUCUGUUCUUUGUGGAGGCUCAACUGGUGUUUUCAUCUAUGGCUACUGCAUAUUCUACUAUUUUGCAAGAUCGGACAUGUCAGGCUUCAUGCAGACAUCUUUCUUCUUUGGUUACAUGGCCUGCAUCUGUUAUGGGUUCUUCCUCAUGCUUGGGACUGUUGGUUUCCGUGCUUCCUUACUUUUUGUGCGACAUAUUUACCGUUCAAUUAAGUGUGAAUAGGCUUUUGAUAUGGCUACUUCCAUCCUGCCAACUGUAGUUUACAUGGUACUGAGUCAACAUUGUAGAAGCCGUAGAGACAGCCCAGAAUUUUUCUCAAGUUUACUGUUGCCAAAUUUUCUUCUAAAUAAGGAAUAUAUUGUUUUAUUUCA